GCGCUGUUCCUCGCCGGCGGCUGCGCCGGCGCGCUCGCGAAGACGUGCACCGCGCCGCUCGAUCGACUGAAGAUCAUCAUGCAAGUCUCCGGCGCGAAUCAACAGUCCGCGGCGGCGAAAGCGGCCGCGUCCGGCGGCCUCAUUCCCGCGUUCAUCGCGAUCGGGAAGUCCGAAGGUCUUAAAGGGUACUGGAAGGGCAACGUCCCGCAGGUCAUCCGGAUUCUUCCGUACAGCACCGCGAUGCUGAACUCGUACGAGUUUUACAAGAGCAAGCUCGCGGACCAAGAGACCGGGAAGCUCUCCGUGCCCGCGCGCUUAGCCUCCGGCGCGGCCGCCGCGUGCACGGCGACGCUGGUCACGUACCCGCUGGACAUCAUCCGCCUGCGGUUAUCCGUGGACCCGAACAUGAAGACGAUGUCGCAGGUCGUGACCGCCAUCUUAAAAGAUGAGGGCCCGAGCGCGUUCUUCAAGGGCCUCCCGGCGACGUGCCUCUCCAUCGCGCCGUACAGCGCGCUUAACUUUUGCGCGUUCGAUCUCUUCAAGCGCGCGAUGCCGGACAGCGACUCCGCGCGAACGAUCGCCGCGGCGUCGUUCAUGGCGACGCUGCUCGCGAGCGGGACGUGCUACCCGCUGGACACGAUCCGUCGGCAGAUGCAGUUGAAGAGCUCCACGUACACCGGCGUCGUGGACGCGGGCGUCGCCAUCGUCGCGCGAGACGGCGUCGGCGGGCUGUUCAAAGGGUUCGUCCCGAACGCGGUGAAGAACGCGCCGAACAAGAGCAUUCAGCUCACGUGCUUCGAUCUCUUCAAGCGGAAGAUCAAAGAGAGCGAGAGGGCGCUCGAGGAG